AUAAGCAAACGUAGUUCAUUACGGUCAAUAUAUAGGUGUGAUUAAUUUUAUCUUCACGCUCGACUUACGAUAGCCCCUGGACACAAAAGAACAGAAUAGACCUUCAAUAAAAACUCAGUUGACGUUUAAGAACGUUCGAAAUUUGAAGGUCGAGAAGAAAAAAGAAAUCUAACAGAGACCAGAAAAGUGAAAUCAAACGAAACUUGACGUUCUGACGAAACAGAAAGUGGAGGAACGAGUUCCUACGGAAUAUCUAAAUAAUUUUGCCCUAAGAAUUUACCCAGCCUAUUCGCAGGGGGUUCCCAAACAGUCAUCGAUUUCACUUUCACCUGACGACUCUUCAGACAGUUCAUUAUCACGCGUAUCCUCAGUAUGCCUAUCUUCAAGAAUAAAUUCUUCGUUGAAGAUGAUCACAUAAAGGAAUUGCGACGGAAAUUUCUGGAUGAUAUUAAAUGUUCAGACGAGAAAGUUAUUUUCCAUCCGGAUGACGUGCAACGUGUGAAAGACAAUGAUUGGUUUAUUGCCCGGUAUCUCCUACAUGUUGAGAGCGAUGUUGAUAAAGCACUCAUCAUGCUCAACGAAUCACUGAAACACAGGAGUGAAAUGGGAGUAAACACACUUAGGAAGAAAGAUUUACCCAGAGACUAUUUUAGUGUUAGAGCUGUACUCGUGUAUGGUCAAGACCACAGAAAUCACCCUAUCAUUGCAAUUCGCUGCAAAACCCAUUUUAAAAAAGAGGACAUGAAAAAGAUACAACAACAGUAUUUCAUUUAUUGGCUUGAGAAAGCUUUAAAGAUGUCAGAUUGGGGAGUUGUCACUAUUUUGUUCGAUUGUACAGAUUCUGGUGUCGCUAACAUGGACUUAGACAUGAUGAGAUAUAUUUUCGAAGUUUUCAAAAAAUAUUGCCCCUGGGGAUUAGGCUAUUUUCUAGUUUACAAUAUGCCAUGGUACUUAUCAGCUUUCUGGAAAAUAAUCAAACAAUGGAUACCUGAGAGAUAUGUCUCCAAAAUAAUUUUCUGUGAUUCGAAAUCUAUUAAAAAUUAUAUAAAUGAAGAUCAAUUGCCCGUAUCUUUAGGCGGAAAGUGCACGCAGUUAUACGAACCUAAAGAGGGCGUUGAAGAUGACGAAGACAGUGAAUGAUGAAUAUUGUUUUAAUUAGUGAAUGAUGAUUGCGUCUUAUGAUGAAUAUUGUUUUAAUUUAAUUUUAUUUUCCUCUAAUCUAUUUACGGGUCACAAUUUUCUGUUAUUUUUCCAAGUGUUUCUUUUUUUAUGGGGGGGGGGAGAAAAUAAGCAUUUGUAACCUUUUUUUUUCAUUCAAUAUUGAUGAUUUAUAUCUACAAUACCGUUGGUUGCUUGAUGUAUUAUAAAUAAACAAUGUUAGUUAUCUUUUUUUGUAAAA